ACAGUGCUGCUAUCAGAGUAGUGUGUUCCUGGAAAGUGUGUGGAUCUUUAUUUAAUUUAGGGCUUUCUCACUUUGUAAUUUUUACUGGGGUUCAUUAGAAUAGAUGUGUUGCUGAAGGAGAUGUGGGGCGGGAGGGAUUCUUAACUGGACGUUUAAAAAAGCUGCGAUUUCUCCCGUCCGGUUGUUAUGGAGCAGCCACCAGGGAGCAUAGAUGAUCUACAGCCUCAAGAGCUCUCUACUUCCUGCAUCCCCACUGUGAUCGACCUGACCAGGAAAGGGGAAGAAUGUGUCCUCAAUUCCACGACGGCUUUUGAUGGCUUGUCGAUGGUCAAGAGCCCCGGCUGGUUCCCAAACUCUGGGAACAGCAACCCUGGAUUACAGGGAUUCUCAGAGACCAGCUCCUCAGACAUCGCACACCAAUCAGGGGAUCAAAUUCAGCCAGACAAUGCCUUCUCGCGCACUACAGUCACCCUUUCAUACGUGAGCCGGUCUCACGUCUUGUCUUUUCAAGACACCCUAUCUCAACACUCGCCUCUGUACAGUGUGUCGCCUAUCAGCAAGUUCUCCCUCCACCCUCCUUGUGACACAGAUAAAGGGCUCGGGGAGACCGGCUAUGCAGUAAACCAGCAUUACUUGGCGCAGGUUGAGGGGCCCGAGGACCUCGCCACACAGACGGAACUUUUUCAGUCAUUGUCUCAGGCUCAAGGGGGACUGGAGAACAAUGUGGACAGAACACAGGACUCUCAUGAGUGUAACAGUGGAGUCACUUUCGGUGACGUGGAUGUUGAAAAGCCGCUGCAAGGCAAAGAGGAUCACAGCCUUGCUGGUGAUGACAGCCCACAUCUGGAUAACUGUUCAGGAGCAUGUGCCGAAUCCUCUCCAGAGACUGUCACCCCUGUCACAGAGAAGGGCGAGGAGAAAGCAGGCGCUGAGGUGCUCUUUCUCAUGUCUAAGACACCAGAGCAGAUGGUUGCCUCAGACAGUGCGGGUGCCAGAGACCUUUGUUCACUGAGCAGGGAGUAUAUAAGUCCUCUGGAGGACCCUGUUUCCCCCUCUGCUACCUCACUGGACGAUGUGGAAGAUGUAUUUGUGCUGCCUCAGGCCUCGAGCUCACCCAGCGGCGACAACUCUUAUCUUGAGACAACUGAGGGGGUCUCGUGUGAUAGCUUGAAUACAGAAGGGGCCAUUCAGCCAAGCUCUGGCAUCAGCGAUGGCACCACAAGGUUGGAUUCAAGUGAUGAAAAUAAACAGCCGGGCAGUAGACGAAAGGCUGCGCUGGAGCCUUUGAUCGACUUGACAGAUGAUGUUUGUGCAGCGGAAGUUCCUGAAAACAAUCACAAGACUGUUAUUCCUCACAUGAACGGGAAUGCAAAGGCACUAGAGAGAAGUUUGAAAGAAAAGAAGCUGCCAAUACGUUCCAGCAGAGGGACACGGCUAGAGGCCAUAGUUAUGAAUAUAAAUUCAAGCAGGUAUAAAGUAUCAGGAUGCAUACGCACUAGUAACAAAGUUAAUGCUUCCCAGUCAACAUCUAACGAUUCCACUAUAUCUAUUUCUAAGAAGAAAGACUCUGUGUUAGCAGGUAAAAGGAGAAGCCGAGUAAAAGUGUCUGCCUCAGCGAAACCAGUGAAACAGAAAGCAGUAACUCCUCUGAAAAGAGGCAAAUCAAAUAACCUGAAUACUGACAGCUGCAAAGACUCUACCUCUGAUUCAGAAAUGAUCGGUAAUUCUAAAAAGUCGCGGCGCAGCGCACCUCCAAAAAGCCCCCGGUCUGCUGCGCGGAGAGAGAGUUCAAAGACUGAACCGGUGAAUGUUUCCCAACCUGUGCACCCACCCGAAACUAGCCCUGUGAAGUCAAAGAGGAAAACCUCCCCACAGUCAAGUCCUCAGUUUGCUCUACAUAAUAACUCAAAGGAGGAGCCUGAACUGCUUCCUCAGCCAGACCCCUCAGUGCAAAUCCAGGUGGCAAGAUUUUCACCACCAUCAAAAUCUCCAAAGAAAAACCAAGGCAAAGCCAACAGCAGAUCUCCUGCUAGCAAAGCGUCGCCCACUGCCAAGACGAAGGCUGCUCGCACUCCCAAAAGAAGGCGAAAGAAACAUAAAGCGGGUCAGUCUUCGUCCAUGUUUUCCCCAAAAGAGCCUGAGAUCAAGCUCAAGUAUGUCAACUACAAGGAGGAUAAAAGGGAUAUGAGGCCAGACAGUUUCUCUCCGUUUAUCCACGUGGAGCGUCAGCAGUCCUCUCCGUCGCUGUGUACUGUCGUCAAUUACCCAGAGGAGGUAAGGGCGCAGCGCAAGAAGGGCUCGCAGCAGCAGGCUAAUACCAGCGGCUUCAUUUCUGCAGUCGUACCCAGCACUUCCUGUCUGCAGCUGGGCCGGGUGUCCACUCACGGUCAGGAUCAGCGCCCUCUUAUCUGCUGCCUGUGUGGGCAGUCAGCCAACGCCAUGGACUUGGGGGACCUUCACGGCCCUUACUUCCCUGAAGGUUACCAGCCGAGCACCAAAAAACCAGCCAGCACUUUAGGCCUCAAAGAGGAUGACUACAGUGAUUCGGACUCUUCAUCUUGCAGCAUGAGAGGAAGGGGGAGGAAGUGUGCCGCUGUGCCCGCUGUGCGGGCCCUGAGGCCUGGAGCUCAGCUGAAGAAGAGGGGCCUAAUAGAGAACCACCGAUGGAACAUCAGCACCAUCGGCACAGGCAGCCCUGCAGCUAAACGAGUGCGGUCAGAUGCUAGCUCUGCGAAUGUGGAGGACUGGUAUAGCCCCCCUAUGUUGCUUCUCCAACCUUGUGAAUACUGGCUUCAUGAAGACUGCGGCAUCUGGUCUGCAGGCGUGUUCCUUGUGAAGGGCAAAGUGUACGGCCUGGAGGAGGCUGUCAAAGUAGGCCAGGAGACGACGUGUUCAGCGUGCAAUGACCCAGGUGCUACGCUGGGCUGUUUCUUCAAAGGCUGCCCCAACAAGUACCACUACAGGUGUGCUCUGGAGUCAGACUGUGUACUCAUUGAAGAAAACUUCUCCAUGAAGUGUAAGAAGCACAAGAACAAGACAUUCAAAGGCCCCUCCAGGGAGCAGAUGGGACGAAAGGGGACAGAAACCUCGUGAGAAGAUUCACCUGCAGCAUUUUCGCAGGCCUUCCCACCACCUCGCUGGUAACCAUGGCGACACUGGACCAGGGUUGUUCUGACUGACAGCUAGCACCCGCAAACCUUAACUUCACCCUCUGUCCUUCAACUGCACUGUUAACCCCCACCAGGCACUGGGACUGGAGGACCCCGGUCACCUCCCUCAGUCCAGUCUGACAGUACUUAUCAGCCAACACCACCCGCGGACUGACGAGAACCGUUCUUGAAGUAACAUGCUGAAUUUGUUAUUUGUGUAGUUAUUUAUAUGGGAUGUUUUGGUUUCUUUUUUCUUCUUCUUCUGA